CGGAAGUGUUCCUCCUGUGGCCGUUGACGGAACACGGUGAGGGAGCGGAGGCUGGAGACCGCAGCGACGGGGGAGGGUUGAACACCGGAUCGUCCGCAGUCAAACAGUCAUUAUAUGUCAGUCAGGAUGGAAAUGGAUAUCAGUGGAGUGUCCAGGGCACACGUCUCCAUUCUUCCUGCAGCUGAGAUCAAAGCCACAUUGAAGCCAGAAGCAGAGAGACCUCGCUGUGCCAGCACCCCGUGCUCACCCAUCAGAGGAACUGUUGCAGGAUACCAGAUCCUGCACAUGGACUCAAACUACUUGGUUGGCUUCACCACUGGUGAGGAGCUGCUCAAACUGGCCCACAAGUGGUCUGAAGGCACUCCAGAGAAGGGCUCUGUAUCAGAGGCUGUGCCAAGCUCCAUCCAGAGUCCUGUCCCAAAAUCUGUGGACUUGGGCAUCCACCGGUCUUCACGAAUCUUCAAGGGCAAAAACCGCUACUAUCAACCCUAUGACAUCCCCGCCGCCAACGGGCGGAGACGGAGGCGCAUGCCCAGCUCGAGUGACACCUUCCUCAGGUCCCUGGCCCACGGGGAGACUGGGAGGGGUCUGCAUGCUCCACUACCCCUGUGUCUGCUUAAAGGAAAGGGGGCCCAGUCCAAGUCUUUGGACUACCUUAACCUGGACAAAAUUAGCAUCAAAGAAUCAUCAGACACUGAGGUGUUACAGUACCAACUGCAGCACCUCACCCUGCGAGGGGAGCGCAUGUUUACCAGAAACAAGACAUGAAAGCACAGCGGAAGGCCUUUUUUUAGGCGUCUUUCACCCUUUGGGGUUUUAGGUGCUAUUUCCAGCUUGAUUUCUUUCUACUGAGAUUAUAAACAGUUCUCUAAGAAGACAGUCUGAUAAUCUUGUUAUAUAAUUAACUGGGGGGUUUUACCUUGAACUGUACACGAAACGUUGUGAAGAAAAUCCUUCAGUUAGUCCUCACAUACCACGUAACGAGGCUGUUGAGGUAAAAGGAAAAAAAAAACAAAAAAACAAUGUGAAUUAUAUAAACUUAGCAAUAACUAGUGAACCUAUUUAUUGACGGUGUUGUGUGUUUGUACUGGUCAGAGACGCACUGAUAUAUCAGCUUACAGCUGAGAGAAGCACAUAUCACAUACUGUAUCAGCUUUAAAUGCACCAUUGCUAUCAGGCCAAUAAUAGUUUUACUGCUUAUCUGUGAGGAGUUGUGUUAAUGGGAGUUUUGUGGUUGUUUGUUUAUUUAUUGAUUUUCCGAUUGCGGCACUGCAAGAUAAUACUUUUAGUAUGAUGCUAAUUUAUUGAUGUCAUUCAAUAUCAGUGUGUUUUUAAACUUCUUAUUUACCAGAAGAUGGACAUCUGGGGAGAAAAAAAAACAACGUAUUGAUACUCCAUUAAAAAUCUGUUUAUUAAAGGGUAGGUAAAGCUAUGUUUAUUAGAAAAUCUUAAUACAAUACUCACAUGUCAUAUGCACAUUUAAAUGGGUAGUAGUUACUGUAAUCAUUCCCUCUGUCCAUACUGAUGCUUCUGUGAUCCCUUUUUUUAAUAUAUUGAAGUAUUUUCUGGCAUCUUUGACGUUACUUAAUAGUCAGCAUUAGAAUAGUGUCAGAGAGUUAUAGAUGGGAGGGAUGACAGAGGACUCAAACCGAGUACCUUUUGAUUAUGUGGCCAUCUCCUUAGACCAUUGGUCUUGUUGUGAUGCCCCAAAACAAUCCCUGCCCAAUGUGGGACUCCACUACAAUAUGUGGGGGAGAGAAUCAAGUUUCCUGAGGUUUCAUUUUUUGUUUUUUUUGUUUUGCUUCAGAUGAACUUAAGAAUGUAUUUUGGACUUAGAAUGAGGACGAGGUGGAUUUUCCCCUCCACCUCUUACUCCACUCCACAGCCACGCAUGGACAGGAUGGAUGGUUAUAGCAGUCAGUAACUCUUUCAGUCUACAUAUGACAAGUGUGUACGUUGUUAAAAUAAACUUCACUAUCCAACACUCAGCCCUGUAAGUUUGGCUGUUGUAACUUGAUCCUUCACAGAGAACCACUGCUUUAGCUUCACCUUGAAUCCAUGUUGGUAUCAGCAGUAACCUGUUUACAUGGAGGGAGCUAAGCAAACGUCUGUGGGAGCAUCAGCUCAGACAGACAGAUCAGAGUAGAGUAUCACCUCAGUCUUUUUCUUUUUUGCCUCUGUUUAUUGGUUAUUGUUGGUUGGGAAUAUGUUGGCUUUAGAAAACCAUAUUGGUGCAUCUCUAGUUUUGUAUAUUGGUUAUGGGUGCACAACAGUAUGUAUAGGUGUGUCUUUUUAAAUGAGUGUGUGUGUGCGUGUGUGUGUGUGUGUGUGUGUGUGUGUUUUCCCCUUACAGCUGGUUUCAUGGAUGCGUUUCCAAUGCCUCUACUGCAGAAAAAAAAAAGUUGUUUUCUGUACCUGAUUGCACUGUUGGACAUCUCUGGAAACGUCAGUGCACCUAGAUAUUGUCACCCACCCACGGCACCAGUUAGGUGUUCACAGUAAACGCUGCAAUAUUGUACAUAAGCAAGCCAUGUGAACACUUACAGUUCUGUGGAAAAAAACAUGUACACCCCUUGAGUUUGUGUAUAAUUUGUUGUUUGCAUUGAGAGGAAAUUGUGAUUUCAUUGUCUCGGAACUUGGGUGUUUUCUAUUCGACUAAAGAAAUAGAGAAUUCCAUCUAACAACUGAAGCCUCGGUGUUGAAUUUUUAUGUGAUAAUUGCAUCUAUCAAAUUGUUCUGUUGUAGACGUCUGAGAUAAAUUGGUACGGUGUGUGUUACUUUGAGCCCAUUCGUCAGAGAUCCUACUCAGAGGGGCUUUAAAUAUGUAUAUUAUAAAUAUUUUUGGAUAAGACGAUAGUCUUUCCAUUUUUAAUUCUGAAUAUAUACAUUUUUUGAAAAGGGUCUUGGUUCUAGAAGAUGUUUGAAUCUAUGUGAUGAACCUGAAUGUGAGAUCUAGUUAUUUUAAAUACUCGGGUGAAUAUCAUAACACAUCCAUGUCAGGUGAGUGUCCUGAUGAUCAGGAUAAGACUUUUUUGUGUUAGAUCAUCAGGUGGAGCAUGACACUUUCUCUGUAAAUGCAUUUCCAUCCACCUGCUUUUAUGCACAUGUUGAAUUUGCGCCCCCCC